UGGGUAUUACUCUGCCUUUUUACUGAAAGAGCUGCCAGGAGGAAGAGAGAAACAGUGCCCGCUUCGGUUCUCUUUUUCUUUCCUUUCUCAUUUCCUCAGCAAGAGCUCGCCCCCACCACCACCCGGGAACUUUUCUCUUGCCUUUUGCAUUGGAGUCUGCCCUACAAGCGGGGUGUUGUUUUUGGUCUGUUCGUGUCUCAACCAACUCCAAGUGUUCUGUAUUUGACAGCUGUGCUGAACUUCCUUCUGGCUUGACCGAAGAAACUGUAUUUUUCUGGGUUUCCCUGGAUUGGGAUACAGGACAGGAGACUUCCGUGAGCUGUCAGCAGCCAUAAUGAAAGACAGAACACUUUUCUUCACCCAGUGACUGGCCAGAUUCCAGAAGAAAACAACCAAUUUGACCUGCAAAAUUCUGCCUUGGACAUGUCAAACAAAACAGGCAGCAAGCGGCCGGCACCGGUUCAUAGUGAUUCUUCGACUCAUACCAUGGUUUCAGAGGCUCCUCAGGAACGACCCAAUGGACGGGCCUCACGCUCCUCCAGGAAGGGGAUUGCAUUUGGAAAACGCUCCAAUUCCAUGAAGAGGAAUCCCAAUGCUGCAGUGACCAAGAGUGGCUGGCUCUUCAAGCAGGCCAGCUCAGGAGUGAAGCAAUGGAAUAAGCGCUGGUUUGUGUUGGUGGAUCGCUGCCUCUUCUACUACAAAGAUGAGAAGGAGGAAAGCAUCUUGGGCAGCAUCCCACUUCUCAGCUUCCGGGUUGCAGCUGUCCAGCCAUCAGAUAACAUCAGCAGGAAAUACACCUUUAAGGUGACUGUGUGCUGGAUGGAAGAGACACGGGGGAGUAACAAGAAGUCGCUUUCUCCCCAGGCUGAGCACGCUGGCAUCCGGACUUACUUCUUCAGUGCUGAGAACAACGAGGAGCAGGAGACCUGGAUCCAAGCCAUGGGCGAGGCUGCCCGGGUGCAAAUCCCACCCACUCAGAGUAAGAACCACCAGUACCACCACCACCACCACCGCAGUAUUCCAGCCAGGGAGGCUGCCAAACCUGAGCUAGAAGCCAAGACCAGAGGUGAAGGUGAUGGCCGUGGCUCAGAGAAGAUUGAAAGGAAACAAGAGCGAGUAGAGAGCAAGAAGGAGCCACUGGUAAAAGCCAACGGCAUUGUGAGUCAAGAUAUACCAUCAGAACCUGGAAGUCCUUAUCCUGAAGCCUCCCAUGUGCCACCUGGGGUGGAGAGACCAACACAGCCAAAUGGCUGGCAAUAUGCCUCUCCUAGCCGGCCUGGCAGCAUGGCCUACCCACAACAUGAUGGUGACACUGCUGUGCCUCGUCGGAGCUUUGCUCCCCGCUCCAAUCCUGAGAAGAUUGCACAGAGGAAGAGCUCUAUGACACAGCUCCAGCAGUGGGUAAACCUGCGUCGUGGAACUGCACCUCCUGAAGAUCUCCAUAGCCCCACCAGGUUCUACCCAAUGUCCCGAAGAGUUCCUGACUACUAUCCCCCGUACUCCCCUCAGUUCUCAGAGGAUUACCAGUAUUACCCCCCUGGCGUGCGCCCUGACAGUAUCUGCUCUAUGCCUGCCUAUGAGCGUGUGAGCCCUCAGUGGUCUGUUGAUGACAAGCGGCACUCCUUCCGUAACAGUGGCACAUACCAACUGCGUGACUGGAAGGAACAGCCUGGCUAUGGGAGACAGGAUGUGCCCGUCUGGAUCCCAGGCCCCACACGACCACCAGUUUACUAUGAUGAAAUGGAUGCCGCUUCAGGCUCUUUACGCAGGAUGUCACUCCAACCUCGUUCCCGGUCAGUCCCCCGCUCACCAAGCCAAGGUUCCUACAGCAGAGCCAGAGUAUACUCCCCAGUCAGGUCACCCAGUGCCCGCUUUGAAAGAAUGCCUGCCCGGAGUGAGGAGAUUUAUGCCGAGCCAACAACCUACAUGAUGAGGCGAUCAGUCAGUUCCCCAAAGUAUGAUUAUCUGGGUGACAGGAGGCCUGUCCCUGCAGGAGUGUUCCCCUUCAACUACCCAGCAUCUCCUACAGUCCACGACAAAAUGGAUGAACUUUUAGACCUUCAGUUGCAAAGAAACCUAGAAUAUUUGGACCAGCAGAUGAACGAGAGCGAGACUUUGAUCAGUAUGGUGAACAGAAUGGUGGAGAGCUCCUCCCCUAGGGCUCAGCUGUACAUGCAAGUGUCUCACUUCCCUGAAGCUUAUAGAGAGACGCUGCACACCUACAAGAUAAACGAGCAAGAUACAGAUAAGCUCCUGGGAAAGCUUUGUGAGCAAAACAAAGUGAUGAGGGAACAGGAGAGGCUGGUGCAGCAACUUCGUGCAGAGAAGGAGAGUCUAGAGAGCGCACUAAUGGGGACACACCAGGAGCUAGAAAUGUUUGGGAGCCAACCAGCCUACCCUGAAAAACUACUGCACAAGAAGGAAUCUCUCCAGAACCAGCUGAUCAAUAUCCGGGUGGAACUCUCCCAAGCCAGCACGGCAUUGGCCAACAGCACCAUAGAAUAUGAGAACCUGGAAGGUGAGGUGUCAGCCUUGCAUGAUGACCUGUGGGAACAGCUGAACUUGGACAUCCAGAAUGAAAUGCUCAAUCGGCAAAUCCAGAAGGAGAUCUGGCGGAUCCAAGACGUGAUGGAGGGGCUAAGGAAGAACAACCCUUCUCGAGGCACAGACACUGCAAAGCACAGAGUGACACUGGGCCCAUCAGGAACCUACAGCUCCAAUAGCCCAGCCAGCCCUUUGAGCUCAGCCAGCCUCACAAGUCCACUGAGCCCUUUCUCCCUUAUGUCAGGUUCUCAGACCUCCCCUACCAAGCAAGGCAGCAAUGAGGAGCCUGGUCCACCUCGACCUCCCCUCCCCAAAUCAUAUGUGCCCUUGGAAUCUCCUCCGACUAUCCCUCCGCUCCCUACUGAAAGCCGCCUCUGGCCAUAUCCUAAUUCCCCUUCCUGGCAGCAAAGCAGCGAGGCGAAGAGGGGACAGUCUAAGUCCAGUUUUGAGCCAAGCAAAAAAGACCACCAGAGGAUAACAGCCUCCAGUGCUGCAGUGGAGGCGGGGCUUUUGCAGACACGGCAAGAGCAAGAAGCUGACAAGCAAAUAGCUCUGAACAAAGUUGGCAUUGUUCCCCCAAGGACCAAAUCACCCCUAGACGAGGACACCAUGCCCACAUCAGGUGUGAUAAGGAGGAGUGCAAGCAACUUACCCAAUGGACUGAAUUCUCGGGACAGGCCAAAGAGUGCUGUGUUUGCCAAUGAGAUGAAGGCAAAGAUGAGUGUAGAGGAACAGAUUGAUCGCAUGAAGCGCCACCAAAGUGGUUCUAUGAAGGAGAAAAGGCGGAGCUUGCAGCUUCCAGCCAAUCAACAACAGAUAGAGGGCUCCAUCUCCAAAACUCCAGCUUCUUACAAAGUGGUUCGCAGACACCGUAGCAUCCAUGAGGUUGACAUAUCUGAUUUGGAGGCAGCAUUACGCUCUGAAGACUCUGGCAAGAUGUACGAAACCCCUCGGGAAGAGAUUGCUCGGCUGCGUAAAAUGGAGUUGGAACCAGAGCAUUAUGAUGUAGAUAUCAGCAAAGAGCUUUCUACUCCAGACAAGGUCCUCAUCCCAGAAAGGUACAUCGAACUGGAACCUGACACCCCAUUGAGUCCUGAGGAGAUGAAGGAGAAGCAAAAGAAAGUGGAGAGGAUAAAGACUCUUAUUGCCAAAUCCAGCAUGCAGAAUGUGGUCCCCCUCAACGAGGGAGAGGUGGACUUACCCCAGGACCCAGAGACCCAGCUCCAGGAGCAGGAAAAGAGAAUAGAGAUCUCCUGUGCUUUGGCUGCAGAAGCCUCCAGAAGGGGCCGUAUGCUCUCUGCUCAAUGUGCCACCCCGAGCCCUCCCACCUCCCCAGCCUCCCCGACUCCACCGACCAAGUCCCUCUCGUCUGACUCAUCCCAGGGCACCGACAGCCAUUUUAUGCGUGUCUGAGCCAUAAACACAAGCCCUGGCUGCUGUGAAUGCUGUGAAGUUCCACGGAGCCACAUUUUAACACACAAGUGUGCAUCCCAACGCAACCACUUAACAAUGCACUCGUUGUGGCGAUGGUUCUCUCUGAUCCCCUCCUUUUGUUGACCUAUGAGAACAUUCAGGAAGGAAAAGCUGUCUCUGAGAAGAACAGGGGUAUCUCACUUUUGCCCCAGUUUCUUGCCUUCCCCUCCUCAUAGCCACUGCCCAAUAUUUAAUUCUGCAAGAAACACCUGAAUCAAUGGCAUUAACUUCAAGACAAAGGACCAGCAGCUAAAGACCAAGUGUUUACAUGACAGAGAGCCAGUACUGGACUGGAAAGGGGGGGGGGUGAUGAUGUUGAGUUGCCAGGUCCCCCAUGGCCACUGGUGAGGGCAGGCAACGGGUUUGGCAGCUCCACGUUGCAAAAUUUCAGGAGCUUUGAGGGUGGAGCUGAGGGAACCUCAGUGUGGGACAUAAUGCUGUAGAGUCCACCCAUGAAAGCAUCCAUUUUUUGCAGGACAACUGAUCUCUGUAGUCUGGAGAUGAUUACAGAUGUAGUCUGUAAUUCUGGGAGACCCACUCCCCGCUGCAAGAGGCUGGCAUCCCUGUAUGAAGCUUCCCCUUAAUGAGGCCGACUCCUGGAACUCAACCCCCUUUCACCGUUCUAGAGGGGAGUAAGGAAGGAGGAGAUAGUUGUGUAUAGAAUGACUUGUCACUGCAGCCAGCAGAGUGUUCAAAAACCUACUGAAGUGAGCACCCAGCUUUUCUCCCUCACAUGCCUUUAGUCUGCUCUAUCAACCAGAAUGGCUUUAGUAUCUUUAAUCUCUAGAUCUGAAAACCCUCAAGACCUUGCACGGCCAUGCUUCUGUGCUUAUACUCACAACCAUUCACUGGAUAGGGAGAAGCAUGAAUGGACAAACAGAAUUUUGAUGGAGAUGGCAGGUGAAGUAAACAGAAGGCUAUCGGUGUGGGAGGGGGGGGAAGCAGAAGAUGCUUUGGGAGGUGGGUAGUUUGCAGGAAUAUUGCUGUAGCUAUAAUUUCUUCUUUCCAAAGCUCUGGGUGGGUUGGAACAGCAGGUGUGUUCAGUGUAUGUGGAUGAAAGAUACACAGGUGAGUGUGUGUGAUGAAAGCUCUGUUGGCUGAGAUUGGCCACUGGUGGAGUUUUAAUGCUUUCAGCAUCCCAAUGAAGUGUAUUUGCCAGUAGACACAAAACAGCAUUGGCACUAGAUGGAUGACAUUUCUUUCUUCCUGCAUCAGAGCCAAUAUUCUGAAGUGCCACUGAGCAUUCACCUUCUGAGGGCUCCAAGGCAUGAAUAAAUCUCUAAAUAAUGGGGCCAGAAGGAAAGCUGUAUACUAAAUACAUCACUGCAUGAACCAUGCAUUUGAGAGUCUCUUGUACCGUUCCUCAAAGCAGCCAGUUCUGCUCAUGAAGUCCGCAACUGAAUUAGGGUUGCAUCCACAUAUGCACAACGUGGCUCAUUGGGAAUGCACACCCCCUCUCUUUUGCACAGAGGAACAGUUUUCUGUUGUACAUAGGAAGCCUCCUUAUACUAAGUCAGACUAUUGGUUCUUCUAGUUCAGUGCUGUCAAUUCCAACUAGGAGCAAGUAGAGAAAAGUCUUUACCACUGCCUGAGAUCUUUUAAUUGCAGAUGUCAGUGACUGAACAUGGGAUUUUCUGCAUGCAAAGCAUGUGCUCUAUCACAAACAAUGUUCAGAUCCUUGUCAGGUUUGGCCCCAGAAGAAGCAGUUCCUUCCUAUUUGCAACAGAGGUCAGCCAUGCAGAGUAUCAAAUUGGAUGAAACUACAAUCUCACAAGACUCCCCUUUAUUGGAGUCAUUUUCUACCUUCUCAAAAUUUGAUAGAAGUGUGUAUGUUGUAGGCUUAAAAGUACACCAAACCAGUGCUCCAGUGCAUAUGCCAUUCUCUAAAUGUUGUGCUUUAAAAAUUAUUCUAAAGGUGGACAACAUACUUGAGACAUGGUAGAAGGGGCAAGUUGCUGAAUCAGCCUUUGAUUCAUUGAACAGCCUGUUUGUCAAAUGAAUUUGCAAGGCAGAGGGAAGCAGGGCUCAAGAUGCCAGAGGAAACAGAGCAGCAACCUGUGAAUUCAAGGUCUGUCUGUACAUAGAAUAGGAGUUUUAAUUAAAUGAGGUAGGUCAUAUCACUUUCUAUGGCAUAUAUGAAGAAGAAGAAGAGUUGGAUUUAUAUCCCCCCCCCUUUCUCUCCUGUAAGGAGACUCAAAGGGGCUAACAAUCUCCUUUCCCUUCCCUCCUUCCACAACAAACACCCUGUG